AUGAAGGGGAAGGAGCGAUCGCCGAUCAAGAAACGCUCCAGGGCGCCUGAUGACAGCAGGGAUCGAGGAGGAAGCUAUCCGAGCAGCAAGAAGACCGGGGCACUUUCGACAGGCAGCACCGCGGGCAACAACGGUUCCGCACACGGCGGUCCUCCAUCCAGGAGAGGUUUAUACAGCGAGAAGAGAGAUGGGAGGGAGUCAGACGGAUAUAAUUCAUCCAGUCGGACUGAUAGCGGAUACGAGUACGGAGCCGUUUCGGGGAACAAGCCGCACAGCGGCGCUGACGUCCCCGCGGAAGCGUCCAGGUCCGGUUCACGUAGCGACCCGCGGCCUCCGGCAAAUCCCGGAAGUGAGUACAAAACUCUGAAAAUAAGCGAACUCGGCUCCGAGUUGAACGACGAGGAGAUAGAAGACGGCCUUUUUCACGAGUUUAAGAAGUUCGGAGACGUGAGCGUCAAGAUAAGUCGUGAAAAUGACGAAAGAGUGGCGUUCGUGAACUUCAGGAGGCCCGAAGACGCGCGAGCGGCCAAACACGCGCGCGGCAAGCUCGUGCUGUACGACCGACCCCUGAAAAUAGAGACUGUCUACAUAAACAAACGCAGAAGCCGCUCGCCCGUGUCCAAAGACGGCUUCCCCGCCGGCCACAGGCACCCUCACUCUCAGAGGGCCCUGUCCCCCGCGGGUGUGGGCUUCAGAGACUACCGCCUGCAGCAGCUAGCCAUGGGCCGGCACGCCCCUCCCCCCCCACCAGCCCACCUCCGAGACCUAGACAGAGAGAGGGAUUUCCCCGUGUAUGAAACAAGAAACAGACCCCCGUUCAUUCCCGAAGGUGCCGUUUACCGGGAGGAGGACAUGAUAACCCAAGAAGACGACCAGAGGGCAAACAGGACGUUGUUUCUGGGAAACCUGGACGUCAGCGUGACGGAGAAUGACCUGAGGAGGGUGUUUGACCGCUUCGGGGUGAUAACGGAGGUGGACAUAAAGCGGACAGCCAGGGGACAGAGCAACACUUAUGGAUUCAUCAAGUUUGAGAAUCUCGAUAUGGCCCACCGUGCCAAAAUGGCCAUGUCGGGGAAAGUGGUGGGUCACAGUCCAAUCAAAAUUGGAUACGGCAAACCCACCCCCACCACCAGACUGUGGGUGGGGGGUCUUGGACCCUGGGUUCCACUGGCUGCGCUGGCCAAAGAGUUUGACCGCUUCGGCACCAUCAGGACUAUAGACUACAGGAAAGGAGACGUUUGGGCGUACAUCCAGUACGAAAGCCUGGACGCUGCUCAGGCUGCGUGCGCUCACAUGAGGGGUUUCCCCCUCGGGGGUCCAGACCGGAGACUCAGGGUGGACUUUGCAGACACAGAACAUCGCUACCAGCAGCAGCAGUACGUGCAGCUGCCCCUCCCCCUGCCACAUUACGACAUGGUCCCCGAGCCCUUCUCUCGCCGCUUCACAGAGCCCGUGAGGGAGCGGUCUCCCCCAGUUCCGGCUCGCUUUAGAGAGCGGGAUCUCUACCCUGCUGCCGAGUGGUCUGGCCUGAGCGUCCACGACAGGAUGCGGGGAGCCGCCUUUGAUCCCGUGGACAGACGCCCCAAAGACAACUGGCCGAUAGAGCGCGAGCUGCAAAGCAGAGACCCCGGCCGCAAAAGGAGGCCGGGGGGCGACGGCUGGCGGGCGGAGCGUUCGCCCGACGGCCUGCGGCGCCACGGCGGCUCGCUGGAGCGCAGCCCCGGGGGCAGCAGCCGCGAGGGCGGGCGCGGCAGCGACCCCGAGCGCCCGCCCCGCUCCGGCCGGCCGUCGCCGGCCCGGGACCGGCAGAACGCGCACGACGCCGGGCCCGCGGACAAGAGGAGGAGAACGCGCAGCCCGCCGGAGCCCGGCGAGAAAGACCGCCGACACAAGGGGACAGACCCGUCCAAGAGCCCGGUGAGGAAGGAGAACCACUCAGAGCAGCCUCCUUCGAACUCUUCUCCCUCCAGGCCCGGCCAGCAGCCCGGCCCCGCCGACGGACAGAAGCUGAGUCGGGCCUGGGAGGGGGCCCUCCUGCUGAAGAACAGCAGCUUCCCCACCUCGCUGCACCUGCUGGAGGGGGACAUGGCGGUGGCCCUGAGCCUGCUGGUGGAAGGCUCCACGGGCGGCAAAGUGUCGGAGCUGAAGAUCAGUCAGCGCCUGCGGCUGGACCAGCCCAAGCUGGACGAAGUGUCCCGGCGCAUCAAGGCGGCCGGCUCCCGCGGCUACUCCAUCCUGCUGGCCGUGCCGGGGAAGACCGAGGACGCCAGCAGCUCCACGGAGAGGCCGCUGAAGAACCUGGUGUCCUACCUGAAGCAGAAGGACGCCGCCGGCAUCAUCAGCCUCCCCGUGGGGGGGGGCCGUGACAAGGAUCACGGGGGGGUUCUGCACGCUUUCCCUCCAUGCCAGUUCUCACAGCAGUUCUUGGAUGUCUCUGCCAAAGCUUUUGCCAAAUCUGAAGACGACUACAUGGUGAUGGUCAUUAUCAGAGGAGCGUCCUAA